AUGACACUCUUCAGCAAUCCAAUUCGCUCUGCAGCAAUAGCUGCUGCCGUCGUCAGCGUCGCGCACUUCUCGACGAAGCUUUUGACAUCGCUAUACGCAUUCCAGCUGACCCAAACGUCAAUCGCGAUUCUGUCGAUUUCGGCACUUUUAUUCAUGAUCAUGAUGCACCAUAAGUCGGAAGGCCAGAUGCUGACUCGGUCCCAGGAAGAGAUGGCGGUGAUUGGUCUGUUUGCGCUAUUCUGGGUUGUAUUUUUGGUGGGGUACAAGUCGAUGCAGAGCAGGCAAGGGGGCAGCACCAGCAGCGGGAAAGGAGGAGCAACUGCGGACCUCGGGAUACCUCAGGCUUCGAAGGACCCAUGCGCGGGCGACAACGUGUACUGCAUCUACGAGGAGUACACGUAUUGGUAG